UUCCUUGAAAAUUAUUAUAAAUAGGAGUCCUUUACUUCCCACACGCCCAUUGUUGACUGGUUGAAGUGGCGGCUCUGUGCAGAAACUCUGCAUCAAUGGCUGCUUUGAGGAGUUCCUUCAACAAAAGAUUCAUUGUCCGCAAUCCUCCUUUGAUGAGGAGGAUGCUGUCCUCCCAUCCCCUGGCUGAUUCCGAUCCCUCUUUUGUUCAAAGAAUCAGGGAUCUCCCAAAGGAUCUCCCUGGAACCAACAUCAAAGCGCAAGUUUCUCAAAUCAUUGGAAGAACUCCUCUUGUAUAUCUCAACAAAGUCACUGAAGGCUGCGGAGCUUAUAUUGCUGUCAAGCAAGAAAUGAUGCAACCCACUGCUAGCAUCAAAGACAGACCAGCACAUGCCAUGAUAAUGGAUGCAGAAAAGAGAAAAUUAAUUACUCCUGGGCAGACAACACUUAUAGAGCCCACAUCAGGAAAUAUGGGGAUCAGUAUGGCAUUUAUGGCAGCCAUGAGAGGAUACAAAAUGGUUCUAACUAUGCCCUCUUACACAAGCUUGGAGAGGAGGGUGACAAUGAGAGCAUUUGGAGCUGAUUUAAUUCUCACUGAUCCCACCAAAGGGAUGGGAGGAACAGUUAAAAAGGCAUACGACCUUUUGGAAUCUACACCAAAUGCUUUCAUGCUCCAACAAUUUUCGAAUCCUGUCAACACCCAGGUGCAUUUUGAAACUACGGGUCCUGAGAUAUGGGAGGAUACAAAUGGACAAGUUGACAUUUUUGUCAUGGGAAUAGGUAGUGGAGGCACUGUCUCUGGGGUCGGGCAGUACCUUAAAUCCCAAAAUCCUAAUGUUAAGAUAUAUGGAGUGGAGCCUACAGAAAGUAAUGUUUUGAACGGUGGUAAACCAGGUCCUCAUCUAAUUACCGGCAAUGGGGUUGGAUUCAAACCAGAUAUUUUGGACAUGGAUGUUAUGGAGAAAGUUCUUGAGGUUAGUAGUGAAGAUUCAGUAAAAAUGGCAAGGCAAUUAGCACUGAAGGAGGGACUUCUGGUGGGAAUAUCAUCUGGAGCCAAUACAGUUGCAGCACUCAAACUCGCUAGAAUGCCAGAGAACAAAGGCAAACUCAUUGUGACUGUGCAUCCAAGUUUCGGGGAGCGAUACUUGUCAUCUGUUCUGUUUGAAGAGUUGAGGAAAGAGGCUGAAAACAUGCAACCAGUUUCAGUUGACUGAAGCUUGAGAGGGCAAAGCUAUGUUGUGGAAUGACAUGCAGCAACAUUUUCGUUUUCUUUUUCUAUUUUCUUCUUUUUGGGCUGAGGUGUCCACACCCUUUGGGUACCUGACUACCUCUUUAGCUCCUUCUAAUACUUGCAAGCCUAAUGUUUGUUGCACCAAAAUAUAUCAAUUAUAGUUCAUGUAUGUUAGAAUAUUAAUUAAACGAUUAAAUUAACUAUUUAUUACUA